UCAUCCCUAUUGGACAAAUCCGGAGUUCCGCGUCCGGUGGGUAAAGCAGGAAAUCUCGCUCCUGCCUGGAGACCGGGAGAGACCCCGGCCCGGAUUUGGCUGAGGCGCUGGCGCAUGGCCGCGGAGCUGGUGGCUGCACGGACGAUGGGCCCCGAGCGGAUCUGUCCCAACGAGCAUGAGGAGCUGGGCCCGCAGGAGGUGCCUGAGGGAGCCCUGGACCCCCCCGGAGACUGGAGCAGCGAGGAGCCCGAGGAGGAGGAGGAGGAGGAGGGUGGCAAUGGCUACUUCUACCAGCCCCUGAGCCAGGAUCCAGAUCUGGGGUCGUGGGACCAGGGUUCGCUGGCCCCUGAGGGGAUACCGGGCCCUGCAGAGACAGCCCCUGGCAUCCAGGAGCGAUUGCAGAUGCUGAGGCUGCACCUGCCGGACCCCCCUGUGGAUAGCGAGGAGGAAGAGGAGGAGGACGGAGCUGCAGCUCAGAGCAGCCGAAGUUCCAUCCCCAUGGAUCCAGCACACGUGGAGUUGGUGAAAAGGACGAUGGCUGGCGUGAAGCUCCCUACCCUGGGGAUCCCUGCAUGGGCCAGCGAGAUCUCGGAUGAUCAGUGGACGGCUAUGGUGCAGCGAACGCUGCAGGCCAGGCAGAGUCUCGGCACCUCUAGGCCGGAAUGGAAAUGAAGUGCAGAGCCAGGGUCAGGUCCCUAUCAAGAGAGCUGAGUACAAAGUGCUACCCUGUGCACUUUAACCUCGGGUUAUGUAUGGGAGGCAGACCACCACCAUCCUUCUCUGGACGGGUCAACGACCUCCCCCGGCGCUGAAGCGCUAAGAUGCUCAGUUUGUCUCCUACUGAGGAAAUCUGUUUCCUUGUCUCUUCCUGUCCCACUCCCGGCUGUUGGAUAGUUUGUCAGUUAUUGUGGUGUCCUCAUGCUAGCCCAGUAGUAGUUCUCUGCCCCCAAGGAACUGGACUGCCUUCGUAACCUCCCAGGGCAGAGCGUUAUUGUCUCUAGCCAGGUCUGUCUGUGAGGAACAACAGAUCUGCACUAGGUGCCAGUGGAUCACAGUGAGAGAAAGGGUAUUUCCCUCCUCACCCAUGCAUGUGCUGCCCCCAAGUGCUGUAGAGGGCAAACAGCUGUGCUGUACCAUGUCACAGGAGGUCGAGUCCAGGGUGUUGUCUUUUCAAGAGAUCCAUUUUAUUUAGUUCUGUACAUACAGGGACAUCUGUACAAAAUCCAACACUUUCAUACUAUAAUGCUCUACUGAAAAUAAAGUACACCAUAUGUACAUAUGA